AUGUCCUCUAUCGUCGCGACUUGGGCCUUCAGCGGCCCCGGCGUCGUCACGGCGGCCGGCAUUCUAGCUAAUGGCGGCGGCGCGCUGGACGCAGUCGAACACGGCAUCCACGCCGUCGAGCUCGAUACCCGCGUCACGUCGGCCGGCUAUGGCGGCCUCCCCAACGCCCUCGGCCGCCUGCAGCUCGAUGCCGCCCUCAUGACCGACGACGGGCGCAUCGGCGCUGUCAUGGCGCUGGAGGGCUUCCGCGCUGCGGUCCCCGCCGCUCGCCACGUGCUCGACCACAGCCCGCACUCCAUCCUCGGAGGUGACGGCGCUGCCGCGUUCGCGACUGGCCACGGCAUGGUGGCAGCCACGGACACUGCCCAGCUUUUAUCCCCGCACGCCAAGAAGCGCUACAGACAGUUUCGCAACGGCGAGAUCAGCCCCGGCCCGCACCGCGACCAUGCGACCAUGCCGCACACCGACACCGUGGGCAUGAUCGCGCGCGACGCGGACGGACGCCUCGCGGCCGGGUGCGCGACGAGCGGGAUGCAGUUCAAGGCGCCCGGGCGCGUGGGCGACUCGCCAAUCGUUGGCGCAGGCCUGUACGCAGACGAGGCUGGCGCCGCCGUCGCGUCGGGCGACGGCGAUCAGAUGCUCAGGUUUUGCAUCGCGUUUCUGGUCGUCGAGCAGAUGCGCGGCGGCGAGGAGGUGCAGCUGGCGUGCGAAGCCGCCAUGCGGAGAGUACAUGCGGCCGACCCAAAGUGUCAGGCAGCCGUCACGGGCAUGUCGCCGGACGGCGGUGUCGGCGCGGCCGCGACGCACGGCGGGUUCCGAGUCGUCCGAUGGCGAGCGGGAACGGGUGCAGAGGAUGUGCAGAACGAGGAAGCGCGUGCCGUGUCGGAGACGACGUGGAAGCAUUCCUGUGUGUAG